UGAAAUCAACGAGAACUAAAAGGAAAAUGGUUGAACGAUCGCUACUCUUAGCACCCAUUCGCCAAUAGGGAGAAAUCCAGUUUUAAAACACUAUCGUAAUUCUUUAUUUAAAACGUCUAAUAGAUAGUUUUGACUCUAAAAGUAAGUUUUUUUGAAAUGAAGUGCAAAAUAUGUUGAAAAACAAGUGACGUCACGUCAAGAAUCAGCUGAGGUGCGAGGGAAGUUCUUCAUAAAGGUGGUGGUAGAAAAGAAUCAUUAAAAAUGGGAGGUGCAGUGAGUUCAGGGCGUGAUAAUAAUGAGUUGAUUGACAACCUGAUGAGAGGCAAAUACAUCCGUUCCGCGGAAGUGGAGAACGUAUUCCGGGCACUCGAUCGUGCCGAUUACAUGUCUUCAGAAGUACGGGAUCAGGCGUAUAAGGAUCUUGCCUGGAGGAAUGGAUCUCUGCAUAUGUCAGCACCGUGUAUUUACAGUGAAGUAAUGGAAGCCCUAGAACUGAAAACGGGCUUAACUUUCCUGAACGUCGGCUCUGGGACAGGUUACUUGAACACCUUGGUUGGUCUGAUAAUUGGAACCUCCGGCAUAAAUCACGGCAUAGAAGUCAAUUCUUUUGUCGUAGACUAUUCCAACAAGAAACUUUCACAUUUCAUCGAGAACUCUCCAACUUUAGAUGAAUUUGACUUUUGCGAACCAAAGUUCUUUUGUGGUAACGGCUUGUGUCUGGCUCCACUUCAGUCCACGUACGAUCGUGUGUACUGCGGGGCCGGGUGUCCCUAUGAAUAUCAGAAUUAUUUCAAGCAGUUAAUAAAGGUGGGUGGUAUACUUGUGAUGCCACUAAAUGAUAACUUGAUCCAAGUCAAGCGAGUCUCGCCAACUGAAUGGACCACCAAGAACCUGCUUCACGUUUCGUUCGCGUCCCUGAAGGUGCCAACGAAGGAGGAGAGCACCGAACACGUCAAACUUGACGAGCUGUGCCCGGUCCGGCUGCAGGCGCUGUCCCGCGGCGCCGUCCGCAACACUGUCCGCGCCGUGCUGGUGCAGCGCCGCGCCGAGCUGCGCACCGUCAGCGCCGGGCCCCCGCCGCGCGGCCGCCGCGUGCCGCGCCGCAUCCGCAUCCCCUUCGACGACAGCGACGCAGAGGAACUGAACAGUCUUCACGACUUGGACCGCGAGAGCGGAGCCAACGAAAUGAACGCUCUGCUCAAUUUAGUUCUGAGCAUGGGACAGAACCGCGUGGCCGGAGCCCUCCGGUUCGACUCGAUCGACGCCUCCAACACUUCCGAAGAGGAAGGGGACCGGCGGGCGAGCGGCCGGUCGGGGGGGGAGGAGGACAGCGGGGAGAACGAGCAGAGGGCGGAGGGCAAUGAACAAGGAGAUGAGCCGCCAGCGGAGGGGCAGCCGUCGCAGCUCGAGCUGUGCCGGGAAAUUGUCAUGUUCCAGUUCCGCGGCUCCCGGGCCAGGGCGCCGGCUGUAGAUUCGACUCAAGCUCGCCGAUCAUCCAGCCGCUCCAACUCCAGCGACAGAGCGUCAGACUCCGGCGGAAACAACGAGAACGAUGCCGGGAACCAGAAACCCAACCCUAGUCCAGAGAAAACGAAGGAGUCCAAAUUCAAGAAGCUCCGAACCGGGAGCGGGACCUCGGACGCGGAGCCCGAGCCGGGGACGUCCCAGACCGUCCAGACUGAGAGCGCAAAGACUGAAGCUGCUAAAACUGAUGAAGAGUCCAGCACGAAACAGGAAAAAAUUGAAAAUUCGGUUUCGCAUUCGAGCGAUGCAGACGAAAGCCUGGUGAAGGAUUCCCUUAGCACUGAGAUGGAGUGGGAGGAGGGGGGUAAAGAUGGGUCCAGCGAUGAAGAAGACACUUCGAAGGACUUCGACAAGAAACGACAGAAACUGGACAGCGGAAUAGGAGAGGAGAACUCGCCCGGGGGAUCGUCCCCGGAGAAGACUGAGCCCAGGAGCGACGGCUCCGAUGCUGUGCAGUCCGACAGGAGCCUCGAGGAAGACGAUGAUCAUCAACGAGCGCGACCUCGCAGACCCAAGCGCAGCCAUCGCGACGUAGAAACUAGGUCGUCGUCUUCGUCCUCGUCCUCCGAGGAAGAGAUCCCGCGGAAGGUGGACCGCGCCACGAAGAAGAAGCGUCGCGCGUGCCACGCCGCGCUGGACGUGCGGCGGCUGCGGCUGUCGCUGCUGCUGCGGCGCGAGCUGUACGCGCUGCCGCUGCCGCCCGCGCUGCGCCACUACGUCAACUACGGCCGCACGCCGCCCGCAUGAACCACGGAGGCCCUCCGCAAGCUGGCGUACCUGCAACGCAGCCUGCGCGAGGGCGAGGCCGUCAUCACCGACGACGCCUUCGAGUGGCUGUUCUAAGGGCCCCCCCCCCACUCGACACAACCUGUAAAUAAUAUUAUAGUAGCGUUUGGGAUUUAUUUGGUGCUUUUUGUACUGAUAAACUCAUUUAAUGUCGUGUAUAUUAGAGCAGUAGAAUUUGAAGUUUUAUGGAAUUUCGAUUACGUAAUAAUAUUGUGGUGAACUUGUCCCGCUCGUCCUUUGUACGUCAAUGAUUUACGUUAAGUUACAUUGUAGAUUUUUUAAUUGUUACUUCUACUAGAAUUAGAUCUUGAAUUCAGUUAAUAUUAAUGGCAUUAACAUUGCCGACAGACUGCCAAUAUUUCUAGGUAAUGACGGGAUUAAUUAUUCAACUUUUCAAGUUUAAUAUUCAAUUAGAGAAAACGUAGAAUAAAUGUUGUAUUAAGAUUUUUGCGCCACAUAGUUUCACCCUGGCCCCCAGACCCUCGACCCUGACGUUCUACAGGGCAUUGUCCGAAUUUGCUGAGUGCGAUUGAUUUUGUUAGUUUGUAUUACUCAUUACAUCAACUAUCACCCACCCACUAAGUUCUUUAAAGGAGCGAUAAGCUAAUUGAACUGGGACAUAAAAACAAAUUCUUAACUAUCCUACACAAUGAAAUACCGGACGGCUGUUAUCGCGGGCGUUCAAAGCUGUAAUGAUUAAAGAAACACGUGAUUAAACGGUAAUAAUAUUUCUAAUCAUGUUUGCUUUGUAAAACUUGGAAAAGCUCAAAUAAAUACUAAUACUCGCAUCGGUGGGUAGUUCGUGUACGUGCAAGUUCAUUAAACCUAUGAAAGUGCGUUCUAAAGUUGAAUACUACCGUCACCGACGUCACCCUUACAUGGCUGGUACAGUAAACGCGAGAAAUAAUGUAAAAUGGUUAUAUGUAAUGUGUAUGAGUUUAAUAAUUUUAUUUCAUCACACUUGUUCAAGCCAAUGUCGAAUUGCAUAUUGUCUUCUGUACUGUCUAACUUAAUGUGUUUGUUUAAUGUAAAUGUUAGUUUAUGUAAAUUUAAUUAUUGUUAUUAUUAAAUGUUAUUUGUAAACUUUUUUAUUAAUACAUUUUUUAUUUAACCGUAAUACUGUUAUAUGACGUCACGUGCAGUCCAUUACUUUAAUUAGUUUAAAGAGCAAUAGAUAAAGAUGCUCACAGUGUCGAUGCCCUCCGUGGCCCAGCUUAGCGAUGAGGUGUUAUAAGGAAGAGAAUUAAAAUUAUAAAAUAAAAGAUGAUGUGAGCGUCGCGCCGGGCGCCAGAACUGGACUGGUAGCGUGGCCUGUAAGGCAGUGCUUUGUGAGCUUAGCGCGAGUUUUUUAACGUUCUCGAUCGCGUAAAAGUUAACUCAAAUUUGUAUGGAGUUGGAACAGCGCCCCUAGCGGCAAACGAAGGGAACACUUUUAUGGAGUGGAAACAGCUUUUACGCGAUCGAGAACGUUAAAAAUCUUGCAUUUAGCACGCUGAAGUGUGUUCACGAUUGCUCAGGGUUAGCAGUAUUACUGUUAUUCAAUUUGUAGCUUUAACAAACUAACAUAAACAUAUAUAACACAUCUCACACUGGCUCACUCUGGUCCAGCGACGGCACCGCGUAUGUGACUGUAGUUCAUUUGCAAUUUUCUUGUGAACGCUACACAUCUUAGUACUUUCUCUGACACCGUAUUUCCGAAUCGUAGUUUUUUUGCCAUAAACUAAAAGACAUGCAAUUUUAAUUAUAAACACAUAGUGUUUCUGGUAUUUUUAUUUAUAUUAGAACGCACUGCAUUUUGUUUGACAGUGUGCUACAAAGUUUUGGUCGAUCAAAUUUAUACGGACAUUAAUAUCCUUUUUUUAACUGUGGCGCAAGUAUAUAUUAACUGUAGAUUUUAGCUAUGUCUCGUACGAAUAUAAAAAAUAAUAAUACAGUAAGUAGGAAUAUAUUAUAAUCGUCUAGUUUUUGUCACGAUGCCACGCCAUCAUCUUAUCUUAUAAACUAUAAAAUGUUGUAUUUCGAUGAUGUUUAGCUGUAAGUUGCCAUUACUGUCGGAGUGACAUUGCUGCGAUAUAAUACAUUAUCCAAUUCAAUAAACAGUACGUGGUCAAAAAGAUCUGUAUGGUUUUAUGAGUAUACAGACGUACUGAUGUAUCUUGAUGCGCUCAGAGGCUCACGUCUAGUGAAGCGUUCCGCAGCGAAUUUAGUAAUGUUUAAGUAAUGGCACGAUAGUUGUAAGCCCUUUACCCUUGAGCCCUUCCUUCCUAUGUGUUGUAUCGGAUAGUCAAAUGAGGAAUUCGACUUUGAAAUUUUCGAAUGUCUAUAGGUUAAUAAAACGCCCGUCUAGCUCGGCGGCUAGCUCAUUACUGAUUCAUAAAUAAUACACAUAAUAUUUUACCGAUCUAUUUAUUAUAAUUAGCCAAGAAUUAGAAUUGCACACAUGCUCAUUCAAUUUGCAAAGUCGAAUUGUCAUUUAUCGAUAUUCUUAAUCGUCUAAUGAUAAAAAAAAUAUUAAUUGUAUAAGGUCAAUGUGCGCACGCGUUCGAAAACCCUUUGCAUUUUUUUUAUCUGUGUCAAAACGAUGCGACCAUUGAGCCCACGCGCGGAACAAACUCGUCACAUGACGCCGCGUGACUUGGACGGCCAGUGUUACCAGAUUACAUUCAGCGGAUUGCAACUAUUCAACGUGCGACAAGUAAACACGACAUUGGGAGCGUAGCAUCGCAUCGCAUCUCACACCGCAGUUGGAGCUCAACCUGUCUCUUUCUUUAAAUAAGUCGUUGUAUUUUUGGGGAAAAGUCUUUUGUGUUUAGUCGAGUGUGCGCACACAAGCUUCGGAAAGUUGCGUAUAAUCGUUACUAAUUGGUGUAAAUAUUAUUGUAUUUUUAAUUGUUUUGUUGUAUACUCAAUGCAUAAAUAAACAUAAUAUGAUAUUCGGAA